AAGCUUUGAAGCCGACCCGGCCAAACGUCUUAUUCUAGGACAGCACACUGUAGAACAUAUAGCAGUAGAAGGUCGCGUCCCCCCAAAGAAGCCACGCCGCGCCGAACGAGACUCAUUCGGAACCGUCUUCCGUCUAUUCCUCCGGUAUUACGAUUGCACCUACGACCAGUUCAUGGGCCCGAAAUACCAACUCAGGCUCGACUGCUCCGAGAAUCCGUUGGUAACCAUUGACGAUGGGACACGCAUCAACGACCCUUUCCCGUCCAAACCCUUCUCGGAAGGCCUCAGAUGUCUUAUCUCCCAGAACAUCUGGCUAGGUAACCUCGAGCUCCUAGCUACGUGCAUCCAAUAUAUAAACCGAGUACGCACUCACGACACUCGGCCUUGGAAACUGGUCGACUGCGACCCGGAGAGCAUGUUCUUCAAGACGUGGAUAAGCGUCGUCGCGAGAAACCCCGGUCAGGCGACCAUGGAAGACCUCUACUCGCAAGUGAAGCGAGAGCUUGGCCCCCAGAAAGGGUUCUAUCAGACGUUCUUCGACCAGAUCACCAAGUCCGUCGAGUCAAAGAUUCCCCAAGGCAGAGCGGCCCGUGUUUACAAGUCAAGGCGCCGGGACGACCAAGAUCCUUAUUUCAUCCGCGCCAUCGACAUGGCCAUACUCCUCAACGCUCUCGAUAAUAUGAGCUUUUGGGGUUUCCCCCUUUUCCGAAGCACUAAGCUCACAUCCGCAAUCAUCCAACGGGUAAAGCCGGGUCAAGACUAUCCGUCGGAAGAAAAGCUUUCUAAGGCGCGAUACUAUUCGGUCUUGUCGGAAAGAACCUUCCACAGAGCAGCGGAACUGAGGGCUGAAGCCGAAAAACCUAUCAAACUUUCCGAAGGAGAUACAGAUUCUUCUAGUGAUGAUCCCGCUCAUACCUCGUGCAGGUCAGUGGAUUUAUCUAACCGAAGCCCCAAGCAUGCCGCCCAUAGAUCCGAGGUUUCACCCGACGGUGGCUCUAGACACGUCUCUGGCUAUCCAGCGUCAUCUGCCGUCUCGCACAGCAGCUCCGACUCACCCGCCAAGAACCCCACUGAUAGGGAUAAGAUAGCUGAGUAUACACCUCAGCCCCAGACUCGGACCGCCACCAAGAGCAAGAAGCGGCCCAGAGAGCGUUCUCCCUCCUAGUCGACAGGAGAAACCACUAUUCCGAUGUAAGAGCUCUGCGGCGUCAAUAUUCACUUGACAACCCAGUAGAUAGGUAGCAAUGAUAGUUUAAUGGAAUACAGUCGGGCCUAAAACCCAUCUUCGCUCGUAUUUAUGAUCGUUACCUCGUAGCUCUUAUAAAUUACCUUGAUUGAAUUUCUCUCUUAUUCUUUACAAUAGCUGCUUUUUUCUCUCUUCUUUUCCCACCACCUCUCUUAGUAAAUGCAUAGUAAAUAAUUGAAGCCGGAUGGUCUCGCUGCUAACAUUCAUUCUUGUAAAUUUCGCCGUGCCUUUUGCUUUUCUCGUGUGGUUUAAAAUCCCUACAUAGGAAUUGUAAGUAGCUUGCAUCUUAGGUACAUGACCUUUUAAAAAAGAAUAAUUCAUCUUUACAAAUGAAUUCAUUAAGCUUAAAGUUUCUUGAGGAGAACAGUGCGCUAGUAAAUUUCUAUGAGCUUAUCUGUACCUUGCAAGAAGUUGUCACACAGCUGAUACGUAUUAUUAAGGCGAUGAUUGAGGCAAUAUUGAUGGAAUUACUGAUGAUUUG